AUGAGUGCCAGUGAAAAAAUUGAAACUACAGAUGUUGCAAUUGAUAACAAGUUGACUAUUAGAGAAACAGAUGAUGUCAAUUCGGAGGUGGUGCCAUCUGUUGAUAGUGACAGAAAUAGUUCGGAUUGGAAUUUACCCGCGAGUUUAACAAAGCGAAAAAGGCCAAGAAGAAAAAGCAAAAAAGGUAAAUAUCCUUAUAGUAAAACAUCUUGGCAACAAAGGAGAGAAUUAGCUAGCAGUGAAAGAGCUCAAAGAAUUCGUCAACAAAUGUUUCAUCAUGGACAACCCGUCGCUCCCUAUAACACAACCCAGUUUCUUAUCGAAGAUCAUGGAGAUCUUCAAAAAAUAGACGCUCAACUUCAAGUUGUUCAAGAGCAAAAUCCUGGAAGUUCAGUUGUAAAUAACAAGCCCUCAAGAGCAAGAGAUUCAAGUUUUAGUAUUGAUUCUGACAUUGAUUAUUUUUAUUCUUCUCCUGAAGAUGAAGAAGAAUUUUUAACAAAAGAGUUUUCAAAUGCUUACGAAGAUCUUCACGUUGAAAGACUUAGUUCUAUGUCAAAAUCAGAAAUCAUACAUGAUUAUUUGCAACUUGAAUCCAAGUAUGAAAAGACUUUAAUCGAAUUGAAAAGGCUAAAAAAGGUUGGAAAUGAUGAGGCGGAGGGAAGUGUUCAAGAUAAUGAUACUAAUGAAAAUGGGGAAAAAGAAGAACAAGAUAGAGAUACUGAUACAUCAUCCAAAAGUGAAAAUGAAGUUGCAGAACAAUUAAGGAUAACACAAAUCGAGAAUAAAAGUCUAAAAGUAGAAUUAGAAGAACUUAGAAAAGAAAACAAAACGUUAAGAAGUUUAGUUGAAAAAAAUGAAACAACAUCAGUAGACUCUGAUAGUGAUAGUUCAUCAACCAGUUCCAUGAGUAGUGAUGGUUCAUCUUCUGUUUGUGAAUUAACUGACAAUAGAUAUGCUAAUGUGAAUGGUGUUUCAUACAAUGGUAAUAUCAUGGAAGAAAGUAUCAACGAAGACCACAACAGUGAAGCAGAAAAGUGA